AUGAAGACGACAGCAUUCGUUGCCUUGUUGAGCUUGGCGGCAACUGCUCAUUCUGCCACGCAAUGGACCGCAGCUUCCAAACUUCAUGGCGCAGACGACCGGACGUUUUCUCUUCAGCAGAUACACAAUGAAAAGUUCAAGGGAGUCAACCCGACCGAUGCUCUCUUGCGCGUCUACGCGCGAUACGCAAAGUUUAUACCAGACCAAGUCAAGGCCAUCAUCGAGGCACAGCCUGGGCUCAAGGCCAGAUACCAGUCUUUAGAUGCCGAGGAUCCCUCCAUGGUGUUUGCUGAAGCUCUACCUGCGCCUGCCGACUCCGAAUAUGUGCUUCCAGUGGGCUUGGGCACACCGCCCCAAAUACUUCCACUAAACUUGGACACUGGUUCUUCAGACUUUUGGGUCUUUUCUGAUGAAACCCCCAAGGAUGGGCUUCAAGCCACGCGGUUGUACUACCCCAAGAAUUCCAACACCAGUAGGCUACUUCCAGGACAGAGCUGGAGAGUCAAGUACGGUGAUGGUUCGGCCGCCAAUGGCACCGUCUAUGUUGAUCGUGCAGCCAUUGGCCCGCUGGGCUAUGACAAGCAAGCUAUCCAGGUCGCCACGGGUAUUUCCAAGGAGAUUGCCAGAGACGGCUUCAUUUCCGGCAUCCUUGGCAUGGCAAGCAGCAAUGCCAAUACAGUCACUCCUACAAAGCAGUUGACUUUGUUAGACAACAUUAAAGAUUCCCUUGCCAGACCAAUCUUUACGGCAAACCUGAAAAAAGGCCUGCCAGGAAACUAUAAUUUCGGCUACAUUAACCAGUCCGAGUACACUGGCGACAUUGCUUAUACGCCAAUCGACCAGGCAAAGCCUUAUUGGCAAAUCAAGCUCAGCGGCUACCAGCUAGGCCAGGACCCCUUUCAACCCCAAGAAAUUUCUGGCAUUGUUGACACUGGUACAACUCUGACCAUGGUCCCUAAGAACAUUGUGGAUGACUACUACAGCAAAUUGCCCGGAUCAUACUUUGAUGAAAAGUCGGGCAACAUGAUGUUUCCGUGCGAGCUGCCACUGCCCGACUUUGUAUUUGGCGUCGGCGAAAGCUACCGCGGCCGCGUUCCUGGGCACUACAUCAACUAUGCGCGUCACACGGACAAGUUUUGCUACGGCGGUCUGCAGUCGUCAGAGAACAUUCCAUUCGCAGUAUUUGGUGACAUUCUCCUCAAGGCUCAGUUUGUCGUCUUUGACCGUGGCAACAUGACGGUUGGUUUCGCCAACAAGGAGACUGUCCCUCCUCCAAGCAGCUAG